CUCAUCUCCUUGCAUCUUCUUCUUUUUAGAUCUCACAAAUACCACAUCCAUCAAAAUGGCCGACUUCCAGAACAUCGCACAGCAAUUUGUGCAAUUCUACUACCAGACCUUUGACUCGGACCGUCAGCAGCUGGCCGGUCUCUACCGCGAUAACUCCAUGCUCACCUUCGAGACCUCUUCUCAGAUGAGCGUCGCCCCCAUCAUGGAGAAGCUGACCAGCCUUCCCUUCCAGAAGGUCCAGCACCAGAUCUCCACUCUCGAUGCUCAGCCCUCUGUUAACGGCAGCAUCAUCGUCAUGGUUACCGGUGCCCUUAUCGUCGACGAUGAGCCCCGCCCCAUGAACUACACCCAGACUUUCACUCUCAACCCCGAGGGUGGCAGCUACUACGUCUUCAACGACAUCUUCCGUCUCAUCAUGGGUUAAAUUUGAAUCAUGAGGAAAAUAGCGGGGCUUGUUUUGGUGUGACGUGUGUGAUGGGUGAUUAGGGGGGGCCCAUUCAGUAGACAGCUUUCCAUGAGAUGAAGUUAAUGAAUUAGUUCCAAGAGGAUCGACACAUGCUUUUGGUUGCUGUGAUUCAAUAUAUUCCCCUGUCCUUUCAUUGUGAGAGUUUAUA